CCACCUUCGAGGAUCUCUGAACCAUCAAACCUCGAUCACGGAACCAUGGCCGGCACUGCAACCUCUUCCUCUGCUCGUCCUGCAGGCAGUCCAAAGACUAAGAAAAACCCAUCCCUCGAGAAUCCGUUUGCCCUGGUGACACUCUAUGCUGGCAAUGAAGAAAAUGCCAAACCCUUCAAGUUGCACACAGAUUUUGCCUGCCAUUAUUCCCCCGUAUUCAAAGCAGCGUUCAACAGCGGCUUCACCGAAGGGCAAUAUCAAGAAUAUCGACUGGAUGUGGAGGAGGAGGAAGUUGUCCGCCUCCUAGUCGAGUGGUUCUAUACGCAAGCCUUGAAUACUCGCCAGCCGGAAGAGAAGUUGGACGAUGCGGCGACCAUGGAGGAAGACCUCAUUCUAGCCAAACUUUGCGUGCUUGCGGAUAAACUCCUACUGCCUCAAAUGCAGAAUCAAGUUUUAGACAGAGUACAAGAGAUCCGCAACGCGGCUGGGCGAAUACCUACAGAAUGUUUACAUUACGUCUACAACAACACGCCGCCGGGAAGCCCUCUACGUCGGUGGAUGUGGCUUAGGCAGUUUCAGGGUACCAUUUCAAUGAUAAAGGAUGAAGACCAUAUAUCGGGCAUUGCUUAG